CCGGCGGCGCUGGCCCUCGUCACCCUCCUCAGCUUCGCCUCCCGCUUCCACCGCCUGCCGGAGCCGCCGCACGUCUGUUGGGAUGAAACUCAUUUUGGGAAGAUGGGAAGUUACUACAUUAAUCGGACCUUCUUCUUCGAUGUCCACCCCCCUUUGGGGAAGAUGCUGAUUGGACUUGCUGGCUACCUUAGUGGAUAUGAUGGUACAUUUCCUUUCCAAAAGCCAGGGGACAGAUAUGAGCAGCACAACUACAUGGGCAUGAGAGGGUUCUGUGCGUUCCUUGGCUCCUGCCUGGUUCCCUUCGCCUACCUCACAGUAUUGGAACUGUCAAAGUCACUGCCAGCAGCCUUACUCACAGCUUUCAUUCUUAUUUUUGAUACAGGCUGUAUUACUUUGUCGCAAUAUAUUCUGCUGGACCCCAUUCUGAUGUUCUUCCUCAUGGGAGCCGUUCUGAGUAUGGUGAAAUGUAACAGCUGUGCGGAUAGGCCAUUUUCUGCCUUGUGGUGGUUCUGGCUGAGUCUGACUGGCGUGAACCUCGCUGGAGCAAUGGGGGUGAAGUUUGUUGGCCUUUUUGUCGUCCUCUUGGUUGGCCUGAACACGAUCUAUGACCUAUGGGACUUGCUGGGGAACCUCAGCCUGUCACUGGUCAUGUUUGGGAAGCAUUUACUGGCUCGUGUACUCUGCCUCAUCCUGCUCCCGCUUGCCCUCUACGUGGCUAUGUUUGCUGUUCAUUUUACAGUAUUAAAUAAAAGUGGUCCUGGGGACGGUUUCUUCAGUUCAGCAUUUCAGUCCCAGCUCAUUGGGAACAAUCUUCAUAAUGUCUCCGUUCCAGAGUACUUGGCAUAUGGGUCUGUGGUCACAAUGAAGAACCUUCGGAUGGCAGGGGGAUACCUUCACUCCCACUGGCACCUCUACCCGGAGGGCAUUGGGGCUCGCCAGCAGCAGGUCACUGCCUACUUACAUAAAGAUUUGAAUAACCUGUGGAUUAUAAAGAAACGUGAUUCAGAUGCAGAUCUGUCAGACCCCUCGAGCCCUGUGGAGUUCGUGAGGCAUGGAGAUAUUAUUCGGCUGGAACAUAAAGAAACUUCUAGAAAUCUUCACAGUCACCAGCACGAGGCUCCCCUGACAAGGAAGCACUUUCAGGUCACUGGCUAUGGAAUAAAUGGAACGGGAGACUCCAAUGAUUUCUGGCGGAUUGAAGUGGUGGGCAGAAAGGCUGGGAAGCUCAUCAAAGUUCUACGGAGUCAGGUCCGGCUAACCCAUGUGGCCACAGGGUGUAUGUUGGGCUCUUCUGGAAAGACUCUUCCAAAAUGGGGUUGGGAGCAAGUGGAAGUAACCUGCACGCCGUACCUGAAGGAGACUCCCAAUUCCCUCUGGAACUUUGAAGAUCACAUUAACCCUAAGUUGCCCAAUAUCAGCCUGGAUGUUUUGAAGCCCUCUUUUGCAGAAAUUCUGCUAGAAUCCCACAUGGUUAUGAUCCGGGGAAACAGUGGCCUCAAACCAAAGGACAAUGAAGUUACAUCCAAACCUUGGCACUGGCCCAUCAACUACCAGGGCCUGCGUUUUUCUGGUGUCAAUGAGACUGAUUACCGGGUUUAUUUGCUGGGAAACCCGGUGAUUUGGUGGCUAAAUCUGGUCACUAUUGGAUUAUAUCUUCUGAUAGCAGUUUCCACUGCAGUGACUCUGAAGAGAGGUGUCCAGCUGACAUCUGAACUCAAAGAACUGUCCAGAGUUGUGCUACAUGGUGGAGGGCAGAUCAUGCUGGGCUGGCUCCUUCAUUACCUCCCUUUUUUUAUGAUGAGCCGAGUUCUCUACUUUCACCACUACUUUCCUGCCAUGCUUUUUUCCAGCAUGUUGACAGGAAUCACCUGGGACACACUACUGAAGUUCUGCGCUGGGUUCUUGUCACCCAGCACUACAGCUAGAAAAGUAUAUGGAGGGGGGUUCCUGGCACUUGUUCUGCUCAUCGUAUACAGCUUCUACCUCUUCCAUCCUCUGUCCUAUGGAAUGAUAGGACCCAUGGCUUCCGACCCCAGCAGCCCCAUGGCUGGGCUCCGGUGGAUGGACUCCUGGGAGUUCUAGAGCCAGCAAAGGGAACCUGGGAACAGUGGAUGAGAAGCAUGAGAUCUGCUGCAUAUCAGGCUGAUUCCGGUGCUUUGGAGACAUGUAACUGUAAAAUGCCCUCUCUGGAGAGCUCUGGGUAUAGUAACCCUGUUACUUUGGCAUUUGUUUGCACUGCCUGCAUUGGAAGAUGCAGAGGAUGACCGUGACAAGGUCCUCUUAAAAAGACUAAUGUCCUGAAUCCUUAGGUUGUAUUCCUGGACAACUGACUGCUUAAAUCUCAGUUCUUUUGAGCAAUAUGUAUCAAACAGCAGUGGCAUUCCAGCAGUUAGAUCAGUACAAGUUGGAGGCUGUGUGUAUGCACGUUUGUGUGUGUGUCUUCCUUCUGGUAAUGUAAGCACCACUGCAGUCCCCAAGCCUCACAGUCUGAGACAUUAGGACUUUUAUCAUGAUUAACAACCUUUCUUAUGGCAAGGUUUUUGAAAGUUUCAUGUAAGUAUCUGGGGACCUCCAUUCUGUCCUGCUAUGGCUGUCUGUGGUUUUUUGUUCUGACACUGAAUUUUUAGAAUUUGACAGAAAGGGGACUGCUUGAAAUCACCUGAGCCGCUGUGCCUUGCCUGUCUCCCAGGCCCU